UCAGCCAGGCUGGCGCAAAAUCUUUUGUGAUUCAGGCCGACAUAUCAAAAUCGAUGGACAGAGAAGCUAUGGUGCAGAAUGCCCUGGAGCUUUCUGGACCCAAGAAGAAAAUCGACAUUCUUGUCCACAAUGCUGCGGUAUGGGACAAGUGUGACCUGGCUGACCUCACGGAUGAACUCUACGAUCGCUUCGACGAUACAAACGUCAAAGGCGUCACCUUCUUGACAAAAGCAGUCUUGCCGCACAUCGCUCGAAAUGGUCGGAUCGUCCUGAUGUCCUCCAUACUAGCGAGACAAGGAAUUUCCUCGACAUCUCUGUACUCCGCGUCCAAAGCCUCACUCGAGGCUUUCGCACGUGUCUGGGCUGCGGAGCUCGGUCAGAAGUACGGUGUCACGGUCAAUUGCGUUAACCCUGGACCUGUUGCCACGGACAUGUGGUUCUCAUCAGACACAGAGUAUCUUGACGCGAUGCAGCCAACCAUCGACGCUACUCCUGCUGCGGCACGAAUUGGUGAAGUAGACGAUAUUGCUCCCAUCGUCGGGUUUCUUUGCUCGGAACAAAGUAGAUGGGUCACUGGAAACGUGAUCAGUGCUAAUGGCGGAUUGCUUCUCCACUGAGAGGGGGCAUUGUCAAUUGAGAGGCUCGCAUACGUGUUCUCCUGUACUACAGGGAAAGCACUGAGUAUUCAAUCACACCUUAGAAGUAGCACGCUCCUCGCGGUAAAAUGGUACCAAGUGGUCGUCCAAUGUUCAAAAGCCCUCGCACCCAUAGCAUGUUCAUUCCAUCUGAGAGUCAGCUUCCAGAUCUACCACCCUCGUGAAUGGAGCGAGAAUGGUUUCCUCUUCGGCUUCCAGGAUGCGCUAUUGCCGGUACCACAUGAGCACUCGAACGGUCAAAGACAAACCAUGGGGUAACUCACAUCGAUUGCGUUCGAUGCCGUCA